AUGCUGAUUCAGGAGGAUCCCGACUGGCAGUACGUAGAUUCACCCUGGGAUUUACUGAGAGACUGCAGAGACUACGAGAAGGGAAAUGCAACCCAGUUCGGAGCCUGUGUGCUCUCACACAUACUGGGCAUUACUUCAGCCUACGUUUUUCCUGUUGUUGCCACCUUUGGUGUCAUUUCAAAUUUCCUCGUCUUCUACGUGUUUCUCUUUGUCUUCCGACGCUCCAGUCGCCAGAUGAUAUACCUGGGCUGUGUUGCUAUUGCCGAUAUGAUGACCAUCGUUACUUUUGGCUGGAUGUGGAUGUUUCCGGCCAAGGGGCUACCCUAUGCCACCGGUGGACGCCUUUACUUUUUUGUCCUUAAUGUGAAUGAUUUAUCCUGCAAACUCUUUCGCUACGUCUACUCCUUCACCUCCUGCCUCAGUUCCUCCCUCUUUCUCGUCACCGCCUGCGACCGCUGUCUGUGUGUCUACUUUCCCCUAAAGUUCUCCCGUCUAUCCAAAAAACGAGCCUGGCAGGCCGUGGGCGUCACAAUCCUCUGCUGUUCCCUCCUGAUGCUGCCCUAUCCCAUUCUCGCGAGACACGGCAAAUUCCAGGGCAAAAUGAUCUGCUGGGUGCAUGAGGGCGAAAAUCUGUUGCAGAUCUACCACGUCCUACUGGCCAACAGUAGCCUCCUUCAGACCUUCCUCGUCAUCCUUGUCAACAUAGCCCUGGUUAUCCGACUGCGCCAGAGUGCAGCCCUGCGCGAAGCCAUAUCAAAAUGUGUUAGCGUCAGCAAGGAGAUUGCUGCCUCCAUGCUGCUGGUCAUACUCUCGACCAUGGUGGUCAUCUGCGCUCUGCCCCAGUCCGUGGCUUACAUCCUCUCCACCAUCCUCGCCAAGGUGCUGGAGGGCGAACACGGCCGUAUGGUGGUGCGGAUGACCUUCAAUGUCUCCGAUCUCGGCUGGCAUCUGCUCUUCCUCCAGCAGUCCUUCAACUGGCUGCUCUACAUGAAGAGAAUGAAGAACUUUCGCCGGGCUAACAUGAAACUGCUCCAAUGUCACUGCAGAUUCGCUCAGGGCAUGCUGGGAGAGACAUUUGGAUCUGUUCACUAUCUAUCAACUCGGGCUAGAUAUGUGACCAGUGAGGUGCGAAAUGCCCGUAUGAAGGAAAUCAGCACGGUGUGGACAGUCUCCGAGUUUGGACGUGUGAGACCUCUGGAUGCCAGCGGAACUCCAGAAUCCAGAAAAUUCAGAGAUAAUAUUUACAGAGCCAACACAAGAAGGGUUUUUCCCAGUUUCAAUGAAAACGCAACGAUUUCUACAAAGUUUUAA